ACCAAGCGCGGGUGAUCGAGGGAAGGUGAGAAUGGUGGGAGAAUUGUCCGAAAGCGGGGUGCGAACCACGUGCUUCGGCGGCUUUACAAUCGUAUAUAGGCACCGGUCGACUGAGUGGACAGUACCAUACACUGACAGUCAUACACUGGCGCAAGAGGUGAUAGAAAGAGUGAAAGAGAGACUUGCGUUGUCGUGAGACAGAAAAGAAAGAAAAAGAAAGAAGAGAAGAAGAAAAAAUGAGAAUAGAGGGAUAAGGACGAUAUACGUACGACCAAGGCAAAAGUUCUCCACUUCCAGUCCCUUACGGAGGGUUCACUCCUAUUCGAGGUUCUGUGACAUUUUUGGAAACGCGAUUAUUUUUUCCGAUCAGCCAACAGUGUUGCAAGGGCGUGACGAAGAAGCGAAAGAUAAAAAGAAGAGUCGCAGACUGGGGAAAGUAGCGAAAAAGAUAACUGAAAGUGGGAAAACUCGGAGAAGAGGAGAGACUGGGCCACCCUUAACGGUGUACCCUUUUGAUUCUUUCUCUUCUUUAGUACCCCCGCCACCUUGUCACCCACCCCCUCCUCUUUCUCUCUCGGGAUCCCACAACCCCCCUUGCCUCCUGUCGUAUAAGAAUCAGUGCAUCGCGUGUGCUGGGACCAGUGCCAAACGGAUUGUGAUUCUGUGCGCACAGUUUAUCAAGUGUGACAACCCCUCGGCGGAGUGACCGGAAUCGGUGACGACAGGACGUUGGAGCACAAACACAUAUAUAUAUAUAUAUAUACAUAUACACGCACCGUCCGCGGCAUCCGUACAUAUACAUAUCUAUAACGCACGUGUAUCUAUUACUCAUAUACAGUCCUAGUUGACGCGAAAGACGCGCCCGCCUAGAGUGAUAAAGUGUUUCAUAUGGUCGCGAGAAUUGUGGAAAACGUGAUGAUCCAUUGACCAAAUAAUCGAUCACGAUGGAAGUCAUACUCAUCCGCGAUCAGAGAACUACGACCCAUCGGGUCCUUGACCGUGCCGCGCAGAGCUACGAACCAAAAUCGACGUUAAAGUCGCUUAAAUGUCGAAACGACGUUGCAACUAGUUGUUAUACCGAAGCAACAAUUGCGAGAACAAAAAGAAAUAAUCAUGCUCAAAGACUCUUGCCAUACAAUUCGCAUCUUACGCCGACGUUUUACGACGAUCGAGGAAUACGACCGAUUCGUAGCGCAUCUGUCAGGGUAUCAUGGUAUCUAAGGUGUGUGAUUGUGAUCCUAUUAGUGGUUUCGGUACACGGAAAUCCAAGAAAAAUGGAUUUUUGUUAUCGUGAAACAAAAUUACCAGCAGUAAUUCAAGAACUAAUGGUCAAAAGUCCUCCGAAGUGGGUGGAACCUUGCGGUCCUUCCGAAGUCUCCGAUGAUCUGGAAAGUGGUCAGGAAAUCUCUAUGCCAAAAUACGAUCAAAUCCUGGGCAGCAUAUGCAUCGAAACACAAACUGCAUAUGAUCAUGUGCAAAUAUUUCGAGAUUUAUAUAUUAAAGAGACUUACAAGACAGAUUUCAACAACCUUAACGAAUUGUUUACAAAAAAAUGUUUACCCUGGCUGCCUCCAAUACCCAAGAAGCUGGGAGAGUCAUUGAGUCAGGAGUAUCUGUCAAAGUUGGAGCUGGAUGAACAACUUGUUACAUGGUACGAAAUUAUGCAGCUACUCGCAAUGAGCAUAGAACAAAUGGUUUGGGACCUGGAACUCAUAGGCAACCCGUUUGCCAAAAAUUUCAAGGAAUGCGAAUUCAAGCUCCGAAGUGUUCUCUGUGAGAUACAAAAUGCUAUGAUGGAGCGCGGAAUAACGCCACAGCCAAAUGUCGAUCGAGACCGCAUGCCUCCUGAAUAUCGAGGAGAUAAUUUAAGGCGUGACACGACGUGCCGUAUCAAGCGGGACUGGAUGAUCUUUCGUGACUAUAUGAACGCCCUCGAGUACAUAAACCAAGUAUUCACUUUCCUGCGCUUGCGCCUCAUGCAGUCUUAAAGGUGACGAGGCGGGAAAAGAGUUACCAGACGACGAUUCCCCAUCUCCUAUCACGGGAAAUCGGUGCAACUGCGGCUGGGUGCUCUACUCUUCUAAGGUGAUAAAGAGAAAGAUGGCGGACACAAAAAAAGAUAAUUUUUUGAUAUAUUUUCGCAUAUUGAGAAACAAUGAUUUUAAUGAGCUACAUCUCCUCUCAGCGUAAAGCGUGUUAUUCGUUGAUCGAUGAUGUGAUCAACAUAGUCGAACCGAUGGAUAUCCUGAUCAUCAUUAACACAUUCAAUAAUAUUCACCAUUCAUCUUCACAUUCUCUAAUGGUACAAUAUAAUGCGUCGAGUUGGACAACGUAAAAGGGGAAAGAAAAGUAAAAAUAAAAAGUCGCGUUAUUGUUGGGCCAUUAGCUUUCGCCGUCAUAAUUCACGAUUACACACAUGUACACAUGCAUAAUCACACAUCGUUAUCGCUUUGCGCAAAGAUGCACCACGACGCUCAUAUUUGAUUUAACAUGCGAGAAAAAAAGUAGGUAUGAUAAGUUCAACGAUUCGAUCGUCCAACGUGUUCAACGCAAAUGACUUUAGAGACAACUACAUAUCACGAUUAUCUAAUAUUUUAAGAACGUGAUAUCUGUUACGCUCGAUACACAUUCUUCUUACGAUAUUUUAUUAACGUUGAACACGAUCACGAUUUAAUUUGUUUAGUUUUUAAACAUUUAAAGACUUGAGACUCUCUCUCUCUCUCUCUCUCUCUCUCUUAUGAUACCUCUCUAUACGAAUAAUAUUGCAAAAAUCACCUGCUAUUAUACACACAGUAUACACAAGAUUAGAGCACUCGAGAAAGUAAGAACUGUCACAAAAAGCAUUAUAAAACAAUCUCAAGUCGAUUUAUCUAGUAUAAUUAUUUAGGUAAUAUUUUUUUAUUGAAUUCAUGUCGAUUUAGAGAUGUGAACACUUAUCUAACAUUACGAGUUUCUAUUUGUGCUCAAAUGCUUAAAGCAACAAGAGCUGAGAAAAAAAUAGUUUAAUAGGAAAAAAUUCAUUUACGCUGUUAGAGUUCAACACAGUAUUUUCGAUCUCUUGUGAUCCAACGAACAGAGAAAAUUGCGUGUAUAAAUUACACUGUGCACGCGACGAAGAAUUUUACAGCAUCAUUAGAAAUAUUUUUUUCGCGAGCGAUUCGUGUGCCCCAUAAUUAUCUGAUAUAAUAAUUUAUUGACUAAUUAGAUAAUAUUAGUAUAUCUA